CAGGAAAGAGUAGAUUUACUUCAUCUGAGUCAGCAAACCCUGAGCCAGCAACACAGAGACCAGUCAAUUAACCUGAGUCUACCAACUAAUUUGAAUCAAUCACUUCAGUCACCUUACCUGGGUCAGCACUUGGAACCAACACUGUGACCAGUUAACUGGCCAGGAGUCAGUUAACCACAGAGUCAACUAACCUGGGUUCACGAGCUGGGGGUCAACUAACCUGGGCCAGUAAUCUGCUAAUCUGAAUCAAAAAACUCGCUUCAGGAGUCAGCUCCAUUAGAUCACCACUGGGACAGUCUGUAAUCCGGAUCAACACAUGGAUAGUCUAUAGUCUGGAUCAGCACUGGCACAUCCUGUAAUCUGGAUCAGCACUGGAAUAGUCUAUAAUCCGGAUCAUCACAUGGCUGGUCUAUAAUCUGGAUCAGCACUGGUACAGUCUCUAUUCCAAAUCAGCACUGGGGCAAUCUCUAAUCUGGAUCAGCGUGGGAUAGUCUAUAAUCUGGGUCAGCACUUGGACAGUCUAUAAUCUGGAACAGCACUGGGACAGUCUGUAAUCAGGAACAACACUGGGAGAGUCUAUCAUCUGGAACAGCAUUGGGACCGUCUAUAAUCUAGAACAGCAUUAAGACAGUUUAUAAUCCGGGUCAGCACUGGGACAGUCUAUCAUCUGAAUUAGCACUGGCACAGUCUAUAAUUCAAAACAGCUCUGGGACAAUGUAUAGUCUCGAUCUGCACUGGGACGGUUUAUAACCCAGCUCUGCACUGGGACAGUAUCUAACCCAGCUGUGCACUGGGAUACUGUCUAGCCGGGGUCUGCACUGGGACAGUAUCUAACCCGGCUGUGCACUGGGACAGUGUCUAGCCGGGGUCUGCAUUGGGACAGUAUCUAACCCGGUUGUACACUGGGACAGUGUUCAGGCCGACUCCUGGCUGCAAUUCCCCGCCUCCCUCGCUCUCUGAGCCGGACUCUGCUUUCCCGGGAUGUCGGCGCUAGACGCUGCCGGCUUCGUGCUGGCCAUGCUGGGCUGGGUGCUGAUCGGAGUGUGCCUGGGGGUAGACCAGUGGAGAGUCUCCAGUCUGGACGGCAGUGUCAUCACCACCUCUACCAUCUACGAGAACCUGUGGAAAAGCUGUGCUAGCGACUCGACCGGAGUUUACAACUGCAGGGACUUCCUCAGCCUGUUCGGCCUCUCAGAUUAUAUCCGUGCUUCCCAGGCCUUGAUGAUCAUUUCCAUCUUGUUGGGAUUUUUUGCUGGAAUUACCAGUUUGUUUGGACUGAAAUGCACACUACUGGGUAACACGGAACCCACUGUGAAGGCAAAGGUGGCUACUGCUGGAGGGGUCCUGUUUAUUAUAGCCGCCCUGUGUGCAAUGGUCCCAGUUUCCUGGUACGCCUUCAAUGUCACUGUGCAGUUUUAUGAUCUGACCUACCUCGGAACCAAGUACGAACUGGGACCGGGCCUCUACAUUGGCUGGGCGGGAGCAUCUCUGGAGCUGAUUGGUGGGAUCUGCCUGUGCUGCUCGUGCCGAACGGCCAAGGAUGUCAGAGGUAGCUACACGUACACAUACAGGACGGCCAGAUCCCCCCAGCCGGGAGAGGUGACCAAGAAGUGGAACUCGGAGCCGGAUAAUGCCAGCAACUACGGGAAGAACGCUUACGUUUGAGGGCGUUCUUACCUCUGGUGCCUUGACUCUCUCUGGUGCGUGGGCUUGGGGCGGGUCCUUACUCUGUGGGGGAUGGCUAUCUCCUGUCACCCUACAUGCAUCCACUUCCAAACCUCGUGAGAUAGGACUGGAGUGAAUUUUUUUCUCUCUCUCUCUAUAGCCUUUUGCUAAAAAUAUCUGAUCAUUGUUUCUGACGGAGCUUCUAUAUAACCGAUCGAUACAACAUGAUUCAAUGCGUGUCUCUCUCUCGCUCUUUCUCCCUCCAACACUUCGCCGCGACCAGCGAAGAGAAACCAGACUUAAUGUUUCAGGUGCGGUGACUCUCAGAACAGUCAUCCUUACCUAGUCUGGCCUGGCCUACAUGCGACUCUAGACCCACAGCAAUGUGCUUGACUCCUUUGGGCAAUUAGGGAUUGGCAAUAAAUGAUAGGCCUAGCCAGCGACGUCCUCAUCCCGUGAGUGAAUCAAAGAAAAAAUGAGCAAGAUCCCUAUUUCCACCCUCUGUGCUUUGAGAGGUGACAAAAUGAAAUCAAAGUUUGUGGUUGGUGGGGAAAGCAGAGGUGAAGGCAAAAAUGGAUCUUAUCGAAUAGUGGAGCAGCCUCAAAGGGGCCGAAUGGCCUAAUUUGCUUCUUGCUCCUAUUGUGAAAGCAAGUCGGUGUGAAACAUGCCUGUGAUAAAAGAUCAGUAGCUAAUUUCCUCUGUGCUAAUCAGUGACUGUAUUACGCACUGAUAAUAUCGAUUGAUUAGUUCUAAUGAGAUCUGGAAUCUUGUGGUGCACUUCAGCCUUAACAAUUGAAAGUGAGCUAUUGUAUCCCUGAUAACCCCCCCCCCCCCGUUUGUAACGAUACACAAAUCUCCCACCGGAAGGCCACAAAUGAUCUCCAGGGCGCGCACUGAGUAAUUGUUCUGUGUGACCGGGCAUAGAAGGUUCUUCCGAAAUGUUCUGCAAAUUCACUUGUAAACAUGGCGCGGGAGAGUGACCUUUGUACUUUACCCUCACCUUAAUAAUAAUACUGUCCGAAUCAACAAAAAAUGUAAUCAGAUUAAUAAAACUGCGUCCAGGCUCAUAAACUUUUAUUAAAGUUCACUUCCAAAUCCGG